ACACGCUCCAAAGGCGUCUUCGAGGUAGAUUUUAUCAUUUUAUUUUAGCCUGUAAAUGAGCGAAAGUCAGCGACGUCCUCCUGAAAUAUGCGGAUUAAUUUGAGUAAGCGACUUAUAACUUUGUUUUUUCUUCACUUGGGGAUACGAGCUACAGAGUGUCAGCUGGUGGUGUCUCCGGCUGGACCCACCGAAGCGAUCGCUGUCGCCGGCGGCAAUGUCACUCUGGCGGUGACCUCCGGCGGGGCUCCGGAUCCAACGGUCACCUGGUCCAAGGAUUCUUUACCUGUCGUCACCUGGACCAUCGGCUCUGACGCAGAACCAGACGUGGCUCCCGAACAUCGCGACGUUCUGACCCUUGAAUCCAACGGAUCGUUAACUUUUGGGAAUGUCCCCGUCCACUACAGCGGCAACUACUCGGUUUCGAUGACCAAGUCCGGGAUCGGGACCGCCUCCGCCGAAUUCACCCUGAAAGUUUAUGAAUUGUUCCAGGAAGUGACUCUCAGCUCUCUGCCUGAUCCACCUGUGGAAGGAGCGGAGAACUUCACCCUGCAAUAUAGUUUCACCAAAGGGGUGGUGGAGGAUCAAACCUGGUUCUUAAAUGGCACGGAGAUACAAAGCAACUCACACUACUCUGUGGAAGGACAGCGUCUCACAGUGCUCCAACCGAAGCGCGGCGACACCGGAGAGUACGCGGUGUCGCUGUCCAACCCCUUCAGCAGUAUGAGGACCAGCAUGAGCAUCGCAGUUUUGUAUGGACCAGAUGAGCCCAUAUUGCUUGUCCACCCAGCGAAACCCUUUCAUGUGUCAGGUGAUUCCCUGAACCUGAGCUGCCGGGCUGAUGGGUUCCCAGAGCCGACGCUGGAGUGGGUCUUUGGUGGUGAAACUCGCCUUGAAGCUGAGAAUGGAGUCCUCAGUUUGGUUGACGUACAAACCAAUCAAGGAGGAGUUUACACCUGCAGGCUGCAGAAUGAGCUUUCUGGAUCCCAACGCCAGGGUGAAGUCACACUGACCGUACAUGAAAGGCCACCUGGAGAGCCAGUGUGUUCUGUUCAGUCAGAGAAUGACUUGAGCUUGCUGUACCACUGUCAAUGGCCCGGUGGGUCACCCCUGGCCCAGCUCUCUUUCCCUGCAUUAAGCAGCUCCAGCAGUGGACAAGGAAACAUCACCCUGAACGUCACUGCUGCCGACAGCCUGGAUGGGAAAACCGCUGUGUGCGUCGCAGCUCAUCCUAUUGAAACCAAAGACUGCAACAUCACUGCCACAAGUCCGGUGAAAUUUGUUCCCAUGGUGAGAACCGUGGUCAGAGAUGAUGGCAAAAUAGAGGUGAGCAUCACGUGCUUCAGCAAGGCCUCGCCCAGCGCGGCGGUGACGUGGCUCAAAGGUGGCGAAGCUGUCAGCAACAACGCGAUGUAUCAGAUAAACAGCAACACCACCGAGCUUAAGAUCCGGGAUUUCAACGCUAGCACGAUCGUCCAACACACCUACAACUGCUCUUGUCGGAACCCACUUGGAGUCCAGAGCAGGGAGAUCCAGUUACUAGGACCAGCCAUCUCAGAUUCCAGUUUAAUCAAAAACCCAGAGGGAUCUGUGGUCACUCUGACCUGGGAAGUUCCUCCGACUGCGGUGGUCACAGGUUUUGACAUCCAAAUGAAAGGACCUGAGCUCCCGAGUGAAAGUCGUAACAGCAGCCAACAUAAAAAAGCCUCUGAAGAAUACCGGAUCAUCCAGAAGAGGCCUGGCCACGCUCGCAGCACCGACGUUUUAGACCUGAAUCCAAAGUCAUUAUAUCACUUCCGAGUCAUACCCAGGGCUCUAAUGGUUGAGGGGAAGCCAUCAAAAGUCCAUCGCACUCGCCAGGUGGGGCUCAGUGGUCCUGCUAUCUCGGGAAUUGCUGCUGGAAUUCCUUGCAGUCUGCUCUUCCUCCUCCUUCUGUGCGGCCUCAUCUACCUCUGUUACUACUGCUGGAAAAACAAAAGUCAACACAUACCUUACCCAGUAUCCAGAGCUCCUGAGAUGACAAAGUCGGCAGUUACUAUCCCUCCCCCAGUGCUGAAUGGAGGACGGAACAAGUCUCCCCCGGACUACAACAGGUUACACCAGGUUCCAUCUGAAAGAUCAAUGGCACUUCCAACAUUUGUCCCUCCUCCCCCUGUCAGAGUAGCUACUACUGUUUGACACACAUUUAUCUGUAUUUUUUUCUUUUUUUUAUAUGAGAUUGUAUGUGCCUCUAUUUUUAAUUAUUUGUGAUCAAACUCACUCCACAAUAAUCUCUCAGUUAAACAAUCUAUUUAUUCAUGAUGGGUAAAUGAGGUGUCAUGAAACAGUGUCCUAAUUUUUAGAGGCCACUAGAUGGUCCUCUUGGUUUGGAAAUGGUUUAGAAACUUAAGUGUUCGUUGAAUUACUUCAAAUAUAAACAUUCUGCAGCAGACUAA